AUGGCUCUAACACUACUUUUUAUAAUUCUAAUACAGUUAUGUGACGCGCAAAAUGUAACCCAAAAUGUAACAGUAGCCGAACUACCCCCGGCCUACCCCAUCGCUACAUCCUACCUAUUCAUCUUCGCGAUUUUGCUAUUCGGCGUAGUAAUAAGAGCGCUCAUGUUAUGGACCAGUAUGUGUUUACCUUAUAGGGUCGUCAUGUUUGCUAUUGGCGCUUCACUCGGCUAUUUAGCACAUCGAUAUCCCGAGUUUAAACCUAUAGUAUCCAUCUGUUUCAUAGACGUUGACUAUAUACUAUUAACUUUCCUACCCAUUAUACUUUUUAAUAUAUCGUAUUCUGUUGACGCGCAUUCGUUUUGGAAAAGCUUUCCGCAGAUAUUUCUAGUGUCUGUUCCGGGUGUGUUGUUAACGAGCACAAUGGCUGCUUUCAUGGCCUUUUUUGUUAUUGAAGUGAAUUGGUCUUUUGGUACGGCCAUGCUUUUUGGAGUUAUAUGUUCUCCUAUAUAUCCUAUGGAGGUUGUGAAGCUCUUGAAAGAGGCGUCUAGAUGCAAAUUCAUAAGCGUUUUGCUACUUGGGGAAGGGGUUAUAGGCGAUGCUACAGUAAUGAUAUUAUACACAGUUAUAUUUGGGUAUCUAGCUCAAACUGUGAGUAGUCCAGCUCAAAUUUCGCUCAUGUUACUCCGUUUCGCUGGGGGCGGUAUUUUACUAGGCAUUGUGAUGGGAAAUGUCGUCGGUACUCUAGUAUCUUUGACGUAUUACGACUUGCUCUGCGCUGUCACAGUUACGUGCGCUGGCGCGUAUUUAACUUACUAUCUUGGUGAGAAGUUUCUAUACGUCUCUGGGUUACUGGGUACAGUUAUAGCUGGGGUGCUUAUAAGCAAUCGCAAGUCGACUAUAGCGGGCGAUGUCGAGCAGAUUGUGACGAAUUUCUGGAUUAUCAUGUCGCACGCAGCGAACACAUUAAUUUUCACAAUGAUUGGUGUCGUUAUAUUUGAAGCGAUGGCCGCCUCUUUGACUUUACGUGAGAUAUCUCUAGUCUUUGUGACGUACACGACCGUGUAUGUGUCUAGGAUGUUGGCGUACGCGAUUAUGACCCCUGUUUUGAGGUGUUUAGGGUUUGGGAUGACGUGGCAGCAGAGCCUGGCGUGUGUGUGGGGCGGGCUGAGGGGCCCGCUAUCGCUGUGCCUCGCCCUGCUUAUCAGAGAGACGCCUGAGGUCUCUGAAGUUGGAGAUGUAAUGAUCAUCCAAACCACGGGCCUGGUGAUCCUAUCCCUGAUAAUCAACGCCACCACCAUGCAAAAGGUGCUGAAAGUCCUGGGCCUCUCCCAGAUAUCUCUGGCCAAGAAGGCCAACAUGACGAACUGCGUCAAACGGAUCAUGAUGACGCGGGACCGAUGCAUUUCGAUGCUGAAAAUGGAUAAGUUUUUAGCUGAUGCUAACUGGGAUUUGGUGCAAGAAAGCACGACAAUAAAGCACCCAUACCAGACCCAGAUUGUCUCUGGUCGCGAAGAGGAGAGUGACGACGACACGUACAUGGGCUAUCGGUACACCACGUGCCCGGACUGCGAGAGGGAGAUACCUAAUGAGCCUACGAAGAAAGAAUUCGCUGAGAUGAUGAGAGAAGCUAACCAGCGGGUGCUAAAGUCUCUAAAGAUCUCGUUCUGGCGUCAAUACGAAUACGGGAAGAUCAGCAAAGACAGCGUAAGGAUAUUGGUGCAGGCCGUGGAAGUGGCGGCGGAUUCUGAUGACGGCUGGAUCAAUCUGGACCAGCUCGGGACGCUGUGGAAACCGAAGGCUCACGCAGUGUGGCUCCGUCGCCGCUUAGUCCACAUGAUCACGCCGGAAGUCGCCAACGCGCGCAUCCCGCGCGCGCCGUGGCGCCAGCGCUGCUAUCGCUUCGUCACCAACAUCCGAUUCGACAUAUUCAUAUACGUCAUGAUUCUCUGCAACACGCCCGUCAUACUGAGCGAGGUGGCCUUGACGGAGCCGCGUGCUGAAGUCGCCAACACGAUCAAGGGGCUUAAUGUGUUUUUCUUUGCAGUCUACUUUUUCGAAAUGGUGAUAAAGAUGUGCGCGUUCGGAGUGCGAGGCUACUUCUCCUCGCACUGGAACAAGCUGGACUUCUUCAUCGUUGUCAUGGCAACGGGGGAUUUCAUCCUGGACAUGCUGGACACCUGUAUAAAGGACUUUAACAAGUACACCUCCAAGUCCAGUAUCCUGACCGCGACUAAGUUGCUGCGCAUGCUGCGAUUCCUGCGGCUAUGCAAGUUAGCCAGAGUGACUGUUCCGAAAAUCAUGGGAUACAUGGAUCGUAUGAUCGACAAACAGCUGGCGUUCGGUUACGACGUUGGAAAGGGUUUCGUGACAGCAGAGCAAGAGGUGUGUAACCUGCUGCCACAGUUGGUAGACAACAGGACAAUACAAGAAGCGCUUACCGCCAGGCUAGAGGAAGAUAGGUUGAAAGUGACCCGGCAACUGGGGUUGCUGCAGCGCGACCGGCCCUGGACGGCCAUCACCGUGAAGACCCGACAGGCCACGACCUCCACUCUCAACAACAUGCUGAUCGACGCUGCGCUGUUGAAGGAAGAAGGGUUUCUGGAUGAAGUGGAAUACCGUUUGCUAGUGAUGGCUAUCCAAGAAAAGGUGCAAUAUGUCCGCCACAAAGCCAGUCUGGUCGCCCCAUCAUCCCCAGAGACCCAGUUGCGAGCCAUUUCCUGGCUACAGGGGAACGAGAGAGUUGCCGACUAUUUUAUAGAGAACUCGGAAAUAAUCAACUACAAUAUUAAUGAGAUUCUUAUUUCUAGAGGCGACGAGCCGAAAGGCCUCUACAUCCUGGUCUCCGGCCUCCUGGAGGCCUCCUACAUACCCCCGGACGAUGACAUCGACGAGGCCAUACCGAACUACGAGUUCCUGACUGAUUUAAAGUUUGGGGAGCCGAGCAAAGACUAUAUAGUAUCUGGGAAUGCUGUUGGAGUACUUGGGGUUCUGACCAACCGGCCAUAUAGCUACACGGUUCGCUGUGACUCCGCCGUGCAAGCGUACUACAUAACUCUGUCCGUCGUCAAGGAGGCCUUCAAUCUCGCACCCCAUCCUAUUAUGGGUUUAGAAGCAGCGAUGUGGCGUGAGAUCGGCAUCAAACUCUCCAUGAUGGUGCUGCCAACGGUCCCCGCGUACCACAACUGGUCUGUAGAGAAGAUCAGCAUGCGGCUAGAGCACGCCUUCGUACCCUGCCUCAAGGUCAUCAAAGUAAGUAUACUAUUAACUAUACUCCAUUUUACCUACUCUAGUUUAGAAGCAGCGAUGUGGCGUGAGAUCGGCAUCAAACUCUCCAUGAUGGUGCUGCCAACGGUCCCCGCGUACCACAACUGGUCCGUAGAGAAGAUCAGCAUGCGGCUAGAGCACGCCUUCGUACCCUGCCUCAAGGUCAUCAAAAUAUCAAACGCAUCAUCCCGUUGCCUGUACCACAAGUCCGUCAGAAAGCUGUCAAACAACGACAGCCGGCAGAAGAUCGGCGCGAGGCGCAAGCGCAAGCGCGGCGGCGGCGUGCGGCGCGUCAACAUCAGAGAGUCCGUGUGGAGCCGGCCGUACGCGUCUACUCAUAAUACAAGUGAAAAGGAACUUAAAGAAAUCAGUUCUAAAUACUUCAGGCCCGGCGUAGAUAGUGGUCCGUCUGAUAAACGCGAGCUGUCUCGAGUCAAAAUGUACGAUCCGCUGGAAAAAGCUCGUGAACGGGAAGACAGCGAAGUGGAGCUAGAAGUGAAGAGCACAGAUAUUUAACACAAUCAGACGUAAAAAGUCGAUAAAGGAUGUCAGGUUUCGUCGGAUCGGUGAUGCGACUUUGUAGCCAAGAUAGCUGAAGAAUUCCUAAUAAAUAGGCGUACGUUCUACCACUUCUAAAACUUACCAAACGUUUGUUUUGUCUCUUUCUAACAAACACGAGUGUCAAAAUGAUAGAUUGGGUCAAACGAUUGUCAACGGCUUGUUAAGAGUUGACACACGUCCGACUCAGAUAGAUAGUGAAAAGAUAUUAUGGUUAACUACAAAGUGGUUGAAGGAAUAGUUCAGCAAUGCGCGACUGUUUUAUGCCCAGUAAGUAAAAUUCCAUGUUUGAACUAGAAUUAGUCUUAACGUUACUUUCUAAUAGAAAACCAUCGCGCAAUGAUGUGAUAGGGCUGACUUUGAUAGGACGAUUACCCCACAACCGAGUGCCAUAGUAGGCAAGACGAGGUGACAUGAGCGUAAUACUAUCUAGCGCGCUGCGCGCUCGCCUUUUUGUGUCAUCCCUCGCCCUAUUGCUCAGCGUUGUUUGAGUAUAAUUUGACAAAUGUCAACUGUCAAAUAACAAGCACAUAUCCAUUAGGGAGUCAUAUAACGACGCUCAGCACAGAUCAAGUAGUAUGAUUUUUUUCUUCUAAGUGUAUAAAAAAUGUCGGAUAUAGAAACUUUGAUUUCUGGCCAUGUUCCAUUUUAUCCUGUAUUAAAUAUCGGUGUUUUAUCCUGUUUUAUACGCCACACCAAUUUUGUAAAUCUUGUAUUAAAAAUAGUUAAGUUUUGAUCACGUGAUAAGUCACUUUGUGCGGAAGUUUAUUCCAAUUUGAACUUUAAAUUAGAAUGCUAAAGUUGAAAUUCUAUUGACACAGCGCACAUACGUGGUCGAGAAAUCGUAACAAAUGAGCUGUUUUUAACUACUUUUUAUAGGAGUAUUUUGUAUAAGUACAUUUAUUGUAACUGUUUAUUGAUCUCAAAUCUUAAUGAUAUUAAAUUAUUU